AUUUCCAAUACCAACUAUGGCGCCUAAUUCAGCGGGGAAUAUCUCGUUUAUUUCUACUUUAUCUGCGGUUUCUUUACCAGUUAGGGAUAUAUGUGCUCCCGUGUCCAAUAGGCAGAAUAUUUCUUUUCCAUUUAUUUUAGCUUUUAUUCUAAACCAUUCAUCGCAUAUAUUAUCAUAUCCGGCUGCGAUUUCUGCAACAUUAAUUUCUUUCUCUGGCUCAGGCUUUUUAAUUUUUCGCAGGUUUCUAAUUAUUGUAAAUAGAAUUAGCUUUAUGAAAAACAGUAGUAGAAAUAGUAUAGUACUGGUACAUAGUAGAUAA